GCCCAGGCAGAGGGGUGGGGCAAGACAGGUGGAAAUGCUUGCCCCUUGAUGGUCCCAGCACAGUCUCAUCCCAAUAAAAAAUUUCUAGAUUAAUUAACAUGAUAAACAGCGAUUUUCGUUGCUGUGAGGCCUACAUCACUCUCGCAAAUAUAUCUUCAGCCUCUUCCCUCGACGUCUUCGGCUGCCGUUAGGUGGUGCUAGAGUUCCACUUUGCCGCCACCGCUUGGGGAGCCUGACGGGCGGUUAGGCGGCUGUAGCGGCCGCCGCCUCCGCCUCCUCCCGCCCUAGCCAUGGCCGACGUGGAGGACGGAGACGAGUCGGCUGUCGCUACUUCUCACGCGAGUUUCUCCGGCUCUAAGGCGGGCGGCGUCGACAAGAUGUUCUCGCUGAAGAAGUGGAACGCCGUGGCCAUGUGGAGCUGGGACGUCGAGUGCGACACCUGCGCCAUCUGCCGGGUGCAGGUCAUGGAUGCCUGCCUUAGAUGUCAAGCUGAAAACAAACAAGAAGAUUGUGUUGUGGUCUGGGGAGAGUGCAAUCAUUCCUUCCACAAUUGCUGCAUGUCACUGUGGGUGAAACAGAACAACCGUUGCCCCCUCUGCCAACAAGACUGGGUGGUUCAGAGAAUAGGCAAAUAAUAGCACGUGCAGUUCUAUGGACUUGUUUGGAAAGUUGUACCAACUGAAGGCAUAUACCCCUGUAAAAGAGGGGAGCACUCACAAUGUUGUGGAAUCCGUUUUAUUUAUUUACGCCUAGGCCUACAGAGUUUUAUGGAGGUGAAUUUGAAAUCUUUUUGUGUUGAUCUGUUGGGUCAGCAUCGUUUCAGCAGGAACAUAGAUAUAUUCUUCAGUAUUGUGUAUCAAAACAUUAAAUGUGAACUCAGAACAUUUGCUUAGGAAUGCUUUGGAACUUAAGAGGCCCACGGUUGUCUGUGUUCAAAGCAAUUCCAGCUAGAAAUACCACUUAUUUUUGUCUAAACUGAGGUAUUUAACUGAAAUAAAGUUGUUGGUGAUGCAUUUGUUUUA